UGACCGGCAUGGCCGAUCCGAUCAGCUGGCGGGGCUGCAGGCACGAUUGCGAUUGACUUGUCUCGAGUGCGAGUGGAAGCGGCGGCCGCGAAUCUUUUCCAGCAAUGAUGCGUGGCCUGGCGUGCGUGUGCUUGUGGGCGGCCGUGGCCGUUGUGGCCGCCGGCGAGUCGGUCUCGUACACGACUGACGCGUUCAAGAAGGAGGUGCCCAAGGCGAACCACUUCGUCAUGUUCUUCGCGCCCUGGUGCGAGCACUGCAAGCGCCUUGCGCCGGCCUGGAACGAGCUGGCGGCCAAGCUGAGCGCCGAGGAGGCCGUCGUGGCCAAGGUCGACUGCACCCUGGAGACGGCCCUGUGCUCCGAGAACGACGUCACCGGCUACCCCACGCUCAAGUUCUUCAAGAAGGGCGAGACCGACGGGCUCAAGUUCCGCGGCUCCAGAGACCUGAGCUCGCUCAGGUCUUUCGUCUUCGAGCAGAUCGGCCGCACGGAGGAGGAGGAGCAGGCUGCGCCGGGCGGCGGCCAGCAGGAGCGGCUCGUCGACUACACCAAGGACACGUUCCACCAGCGCGUCCGCUCAGGCAAGCACUUUGUCAAGUUCUUCGCGCCGUGGUGCGGCCACUGCCAGAAACUGGCGCCGACCUGGGAGGAGCUGGCGCAGAGCCUCGACGAGUCGCUGGCCGUGACCGUCGGAAAGGUUGACUGCACCAUCCUCCGCGACGUCUGCAUCGAGUUCGAGGUCAAGGGCUACCCCACCAUGCUGUGGAUCGAGGACGGCAAAAAGACUGAAAAGUACCAGGGGGCGCGUACGCUGGAGGAGCUGCGUCAGUUCGUGCUGCAGCGGGCCGCGAGCGGCGCGGAGGCGGAAGGCGCGGGAGCGGAGGCGGCAACCGAGGAGGCGUCGCCGGUGGCCAGCCUCUCGGGCGAGUCGUUCGAGGCUGGCGUCGCGUCCGGCGUGGCGCUCGUCAAGUUCUUCGCGCCGUGGUGCGGACACUGCAAGCGCCUGGCGCCCACCUGGGACGAGCUGGCCGCCAAGUUCAGGGACAAGCCUGACGUCCGCAUCGCCAAGGUCGACUGCACCCUCGACGAGAACAAGGACCUGUGUUCCGCUCAGAAGGUCAACGGCUUUCCCACCGUGUUCAUUUACAAGGACGGCGACAAGGUAGAAGAGUACAAUGGCUCGAGGUCGCUUGACGAUUUGUACAACUUCGUAACCAAACACGCCAGCGCAAAGCAAAAAGACGAGCUGUAACUUCAAGCGCAGACAUUCGAGUGCUGAUUUUUGUGAUGUUUUCUUUUCCAAACUGAAUAAAUCGGUUUUUUUUCUGUGCUCUUUUUA